GUCUUACUGUCCGCAGACACACUUCCGAAGACUGUCUCUGCUAUGCCUCGGCCCUCGGUACGUCAGCCUCUUCAUGCUAAAAGGAUAAUUGUUCUUGCCCCUUGCGCUCGCUUGGACUCUGUCAAACUGACUCCGCUUCUUUCCCGGUCCACCGGUGGAGCCAAUCUAUUCGAGGCUCCACGAGCCGAGCGCAGUCCCUUCCAGGCUUGA